AUGAUCAGCCCGGAGCUGACGGAAAAACUGCAGUUGUACAUCUCAGCGUCAAUACAGACAAAUGCAGCCGUUUUGCUGGUAGAAAGACAGAAGAAACAAAGGUCGAUAUAUUUCGUGAGCCACGUGCUGACCGAGGCAGAGCAAAGAUACCCCCUGGUAGAGAAGCCAGCCUUCACAGUGGUCACAACAGCAAGAAAGCUAAAACCAUACUUUGACACGCAUAUAAUAGAGGUCCUCACAAACCACCCGCUGGAGAAAGCAUUACAAAAGAUGGAUGCAUCGGGUAGACUCUUAAAGUGGGAAGACGAGCUUUCUGAGUAUGAAUUCGAGGUCAAGCCUAGAGCAGCCAUCAAGGCACAAGCUUUAGCAGACUUCAUAGUGGAAGCCUCCUAUGAGGAGAAAGAGGAUGACGUUGGGGUCUGGAAGGUGGAAGUGGAUGGAUCCUCAGCCCAAACGGGGAGUGGGGCAGGAGUCAUAAUGACGUCUCCAGAAGGAAACGUAUUUGAGUAUGCCAUCAAGUUCAAGUUCAAAGCGUCUAAUAAUGAAGCAGAGUACGAGGCGACGCUGGCAGGCCUGCGUAUGAGCUUCGCAGUCGGAGCCCGCAAAGUACACCUGCAAACUGAUUCUCAGCUCGUUGCCAGCCAACUUCAGGGGGCGUAUGAGAUAAGGGAAGCCACUAUGAUGAAAUAUGUAACCAAAGUGAAAGAGCUGGCAGCCCAGCUAGUCCAUUUCCAGAUAGACUUGGUCCCCAGAGCAGGAAACUCUCAGGCUGACGCCUUAUCUAAGUUAGCCAGCUCCACCUUACAAAGCCUCACAAGAACAGUGAUGGUCAAAGUGUUAGAGGAGAGCAGCAUCGCUGAAAAGGAGCAGGUAAACUGCGUCAGGAUUCAAAGAGCCUGGUUCUCAGACAUCUUGGCGUACAAACUUCAUGGCUCGCUGCCCGAUGAUGAAGCACAGGCUAAAAAGGUGAAGAAAGACAUAAAUUGGUAUGUAGUGGUGAAUGGAGAGCUCAACAAGAAAGGCUUCUCAAAGCCGCUGCUGAGGUGUAUUCUAGAAUGGGAGUAG